CCAGCAUUGGCAGCAAAGCCUCAAAUCUUUUUAAGGCCUGGCCGGUGGACGAGACGGAGUGAUGAGAAACAAGGCUGUUAAUGAAGGGUUCUAUAAGCGCCAAUCAAGUAGAGUUCAAGGGCAAAAAAAUGCACCGAAGCCGCCAGCAUUGGCAGCAAAGCCUCGGCUGGUGGACGAGAGCGAGAAAAGAAGACGGAAAGCUGCCAGUAUUGGUGUCAAAAAGAUGUUCGCGCUGGGUGGAUCCUUGAUGUCCGGCAAGGUCCGGAGAGUCUCCCACGGCCACAUGAUGCCUUCUGAGGCUUGGAUGUAUUUGUUCGUCAUUAUGCAAGCCUUGCGAGGCGUUUCAAGAUCGGCUCAGCAGUUGUCGGCAGCUCUGAUCACGGAGCCUGGCCCAAUGUUGACACGUGCAGAGUUGGAUACCUUGGGGCAUCAAUGAAUUUUACGAAUGAUCAUAGUGCAGUACUAAUUUUCCUACAAUACAA